AUGGCGAAAUUGUGUGAGAAAUGUUCCACGUUUGUGGCUGAGUGGUACACUGCGCGCUGCACCGCCUCGCGCAACAAAUCUGCUACGCCUCAGAAAGUUGUGUCUCCUCAUCACCAGACUCUAGCGGUGGUUCAUGCAUCCGCCAUCGAUGAAUGUUCACUCUGCUACCAACUUAUUCAAGGUCUCGGAUACAAGGACCCAAUCCGGCAACGUGAUGCCAAGUCGGGCAUAUUGACAGUCGAUAUUGACAGCCCGAACUCGCCUCAUUCAAUCUGGCUCAGUUAUGAAGUGCCCAGGGAUGAGAUUCACAGGGGAGGUUGGAAUAUUGAUCUUUCUGGACGGAAGGAUGACCGCAAUGAUGAGAGCUACAAAAGAGUUGCGUACUCUACUCUCACUAUUGUCCCAGCUUUGAAGCCAGUCCUUGACUACAUUUCCGGAAACUUAUCUUGCACAAAAGAUGCCCUCUUCUUAUGCAAGAAAUGGUUACAGGCAUGUCAAUCCAAUCAUCCAACUUGCCAGGUUGCCUCACCUGGCCCACUGCCAACUCGAUUGAUUUACAUUGGAGGCUCGUGCCUCAAGCUAUGCAUUACCGAGCAUAUUCCACAACAAUCUCAAUAUGCUACCUUGAGCCACUGCUGGGGUCUGAGAAAAUUCACAACUCUAACUACUGGUAACCUUAGUUCGUUUCUCAACGAGAUACCGGUGGACGCAUUGACAAAAACGUUCAAGCACGCUGUGCAGAUUACAAGAGCUCUCGGACUUGAAUAUAUUUGGAUCGAUUCUAUGUGCAUCAUGCAGGAUAGCGCACAUGACUGGAAAAGAGAGUCGGCACUCAUGGCUGAUGUCUACGGAAAUGCUGAAAUCAAUAUCGCUGCGACUUCUGCUAAGGAUGGCACCGUAGGUUGUUUCUUUGAGCGAUCCGGUUUAUGGCGAUGCCAAAUCUGUCCGGAUCCGCAGACUGGUGAGUUAUUCGACAUCUGCCCGGGCUUGACGGGAAGCCGAGAGGAUCCGCUCGGAUCACGAGGCUGGGUCGUCCAAGAGCGUUACCUGGCUCGCCGAAUGCUGCACUUCACCGACGAACAGAUUUUCUGGGAAUGUGACGGAAAUGCUGCGUGCGAGAUCUUUCCGGAUGGCUACCCAACAUUUGAACAUUCCAAGGUGCUCGGCUAUCAAGAUUUCCGCAGAAUAAGGAAGCCGUUCGAUUUCCACAGAUGGACGGAAGUGGUAUCUGAAUACUCCAAGAGCAAGUUGACGAAGCGAAGCGACCUCUUCGUUGCCCUUGCAGGCAUUGCAAGAAAAUUCGAAACGGCGCUCAAGUCUGAAUAUGUCUGCGGCAUGUGGCUGAAGAAUCUUGAAAGGCAACUUUGCUGGACUUCCGACGGCCAUGCAAACUCAAGGGAAAUUCCCCCUUUAGCUCCGACUUGGUCAUGGAUGUCGAUCAAUGGGGCUGUCAAUGUCCGGCACUGGAAAAUGGGAUAUGACACAUGCGUCAAAGCAGAUCAAACAUCUUUUCAAUUCGCAUCUGAUGACGAAAGGUUCGGAGCGGUUCACUUUGCACGCCUUCGUCUUCGGUGCGAAUGUUUAUGGAGAGUGACCAUGAUACAAGCAAGCAAGACAAAUGAUCCGAGUGAUCGGCGCUAUCAGACCUGUCUUAUGGACGACAAUUUGUCUUUCAUACUAUAUAACGAAAUCGAUGAUCAGUUGGACGAUGUCAAGACCAAUGAAGCGUCGAAGAACCAGCCGCAUACCGUUUAUCUUCUACCUAUCAUGCAUGGUCUAGAAGAUCGCCCUCCCCGACCAUCUGUUUUUCGUUGUGUUGGUCUCGUCAUAUCACCAUCUCUUGGUUCAAACCACAUGAAGUGCACGUAUAAGAGAAUUGGUCAUUGGGUCAUCUUCAAAAACUCCCCGUUUCAUGUUUUGAGAGGUAUUUUAGCGGAGUGUGACAGCGUAGGCACGGGUCGGAGGCAUGAAUUUGCCGAAGUCACAACAGGUGCAGAUGGGAGCAACAAUUACUUCAUUGAAAUCAUUUAA